AGUUUUCGAGCAGAAGCAGCAGCGCAGUCGCAGCGGCCAAACUGAGUUUCUAUGGACAUUCAUUGGUUUCUAUCUGGAUAAUCUACACAGACAACAGAUUUUGAGACCCAAGCCCCGGAACUAUAUGAGAGCUACGAGAGCCAUGAUGCCAACCACCGAAUCGAGGCACAGCGGAUGGGCUGUCCUGGCCGUGGUCCUGGUGGCCAUUACCCUGGUGGACGUGGAUGCCCAAAGCUCUUCCAGCUGUGGCCCCAAUUUCCCGCCCGCCUGCAGUUGCGGGGAGGAGGUGUACGAGAGCGAGAUGCAGUACGUCGUUAACUGCACAAACGCGGGGCUGCGCAACACGAGCGUCCUGGAGUUCAUGCCCGAGAAGGUGGAGGUGCUGAUCUUCACCGGCAAUCACAUUGCGGAGCUGCCCUGGAACGUGUUCGGGAGCAUCAACGACUACAAGCAGCUCAAGAUCGUGGACAUGAGCAGCAACCACAUCCGGGAGAUACGCGGCAAGAGCUACCACCAUGUGCCGCGCGUCGAGCGGCUGAUCCUCAAUCACAACAACCUGAGCAUCUCGCGCUACGACGACGAGGUCAAUCAUCACCAUCCGCGGGUCUUCUCCAACUUUGUCAAUUUGCAGAGCCUUCACCUAACGGACGCCUUCGAGGACAACAGUUCGCCGCAGCUGAGCGAGGACCUGCACGACAUAUUCGUCAACAGCCAGCUGCUGAAGCUGCAAAAGCUCCAUCUCGAACAGAACGAGAUCACGCACUUCAAGGACCGCAAUGUCUUCUGCGAUCUGCCCUCCCUCAGGGACCUGCAUCUGGGCGACAACCAGCUGCGGGACAUUAACUUCGAGGUGCGAUGCCUGAACAAUCUGCGGUUCCUGGACCUCGAACGGAAUCAAUUUGGCUUCGUGAAGCCCAGCGACAUGAGGGUCCUCAACGAGCUGGAGGAUCGCUCCAAUCGCACGGCCAAUCUGAUUGUGGACUUUAAUCUGAAUCCCUUCGUCUGUGACUGCCGCAUUGCGCCCUUCCGCGCGUGGAUCCAGUCCACACGGGUGACCGUCCGCAACAAGGACAGUCUCAUGUGCUUCCACUCGGCUUCACGGGUGGAUCCCUCGCCCGCCCACAUCCUGCAGCUGGAUAUGGGCGCAUGCCAGGCGGCCAUUGAUGCAGCGGCCACCAUCCUGAAUGCCGCCGAGGAGGAGCAGCGGAGCUAUGGAGCAGAGCAGCCGCCGGCGCACAUCAGCGGCCAUACUGCCACGCUAAUCUUCCUGCUGAUCGUGCUGAGCAUGAUCCUGCUGGGGCUGCUGGUGGCCCUCGUCUACGUGAGUCGCGAUAAGUUAAAGUACAUGAUCACGCCGGUGUUCGAUAACGUGGCCAAGAAGGUCCAGUAUACGUCAAUUAAGGAUGAGGACUGCCCGGAAGUGCAUGUCUAGAGGGGCCCAUAUCCAUCAUCCCAGAAGGAGGAGAGACCUGAGGAAGAACCAAAACUCAGUUUCGUUUCAGUUUCAGUUUUUGUAUGCCAUUCGCGUUACGCAAAGUGUGCCAUUCACAGCGGAAGGGGAAACA